CUAAUGAUGACAUGUAAAAUGAGACUUCUGGUGCCAACCUGGAAUAGAAUAAUACGCCAAUGUCCAAUUUCAAUUCUAUGUCGCUGUCACAAGGUGGAGCCCAGCAGUAGAGACACUAUUAAUUUCACUGGGAGGGAAUCCCGGACUUACAGUGAGUGGAGGACAUGGAGAUUGUACAGAAUGAGGAGCAGGGGUAUGAUAAAACUAGAGGGGUUGGAUGUGGUACCAUUCUUACAGGGGCUGGUCACAAAUGAUGUCACACAGUUAGAGGAAGACCAGGGAUCUAUAUAUACCAUGAUGCUUAACCCUCAGGGAAGAGUGCUGUAUGAUAUUAUUAUGUAUAGGAAGAAUCAAGACACUGAUGUCCCUUGUGUUUUGAUGGAAUGUGACCAGGAAGUCAUAAAAGACAUGAUUAAACUUCUUAAAAAGUAUAAAAUUAGGAAAAAGGUAGACAUUGCAGAAGCGAGCAAUGAAUUCCAGACCUUUGCUGCCUUGCCGUCAGAAAAACAAAGUGAAAGAGUGUGGCUGCCUUUCAAAAAAGAGGAGGUAAUUCAUUGUGAACCUGAUCCAAGACUAGAGGUCUUUGGCUGGAGAAUUGUAGCCAGAGACCAACAGGCUGUUAUAGCAGCCACUAACACUGACUGUGAAGUAGAAGUGAGAGAGGAGAGGGAGUACCACAUCCAGCGGUAUAAAACGGGGCUCCCUGAGGGGACACUAGAUCUUCCUCCUGGCCAAUGUCUACCACUAGAGAGUAACCUUGUCUUUCAUAAUGGAGUGAGUUUUAGUAAAGGCUGUUAUAUAGGACAGGAACUGACAGCCAGAUCUCACCACACUGGGGUCAUUAGGAAACGACUUGUUCCUAUAGAGUUUGACAGCGUUCCAGAGGAUGUCAAAACAGGAGAUACCAUAGAAACGGCAGAUACAAAGAAGAAUGCUGGGAAGUACAGGAAUUCAUUGGAUAAGUUUGGAUUAGGACUAAUUCGAUUGGCUGAAGUCAAAAAGAGGCUUGUAAUUUCUACUCCUAGUGGACAAUGUUACAAUGUUAGGGCUCAUAUUCCCAGUUGGUGGCCACAGGAAGGGGAGGUCACUGUUCAACAAUAAAGUUGUUUGUGAUUUGUGUGAUAAUUAAAAGUAUGUUGUGCCAGUCAUCAGAAUGGGAUUAUUUGACACCAGGACAGUAUAAAUGAAUUACAAAUUUCCUUGUUCUCUUUUUUGUAUUUGUAAAAUGGACAUUUACAUGUAUCCAAUAAAGUCUUAAAAUAUGUCACAA